CACACUCUCUACCAAGCAAGAAUGACCAAGAAGUCGCGGGAUCCGGCCAAGCCCAAGCGGGCGCUGACGGCGUACCAGUACUUUUGUGCCGACCACCGCGAGCGGGUCAAGGAGGCGAACCCGGAUGCCAAGCACACCGAUAUGUUUGGCCUGCUCUCAAUCGAGUGGAAGAAGGUCAAGCCUGGAGUGCGGGGCAAGUAUGAUGCGCUUGCUGCGGCCGACAAGGAGCGGUACGACGCCGAGAUGGCGGCGUACGUGCCGACGGAGGGCUUUGAGAGGUCCGGCAAGCCGAAGCGCAAGGCGGGCGCCACCGGGCCCAAGCGGCCACUCAACGCAUACCAGGUGUACUCGAAGCGUCAUCGCGAUCGUGUGACUGCCGCCAACCCAGACGCCAAGCAUACCGAGAUGUUUGGCCUGCUCUCAGAGGAGUGGAAGAAUGCGUCCGAGACCGAGCGUGAGGCGUGCAAGGCCGAGGCCGCCCGCCUCCGUGCAGAGUACGAGAUCGCCCGCGCCCAGUGGCAGGAGGAGCACCCUGAGGAGCUCCACGCCAACAAGAAGGCCAAGACGGGCCGCCGCAAGACCAAGGACCCGAACGCGCCCAAGCGCCCGUCCACGGCCUACCAGCUCUACUCGCGCGCCCACCGCGCCCGCGUCUCGGCCGCCAACCCGGAUGCCAAGCACACCGACAUGUUUGGCCUCCUCGCCGAGCAGUGGAAGACGUGCCCGCCUGCCGAGCGUGCCCAGUACGAGCAAGAGGCCGCUACGCUCCGCGCCAACUACAUCGCUGCCAAGAAGAAGUACGAGAGCAGUGGCGGUAUGGGCUCUGACGAGUAGUGUGUGUGUGGCAUGCGCUUGACUUGCUUGCUGCGCCUGCCGCGAUCGCGGCUGUUAAAUGUAGUCACUUGAGAGAGA